UCCCUGACCUUGGCUGUCUGCAGGGAUGGGGCAGCACCAGCUCUCUGAGCAGCCAACUUUCCCCUCUCCCUUCUCAGAGCCAUCUCAAUCUGUGCUUGUUUUGUUACAGGGGCAGAGGGAGGUUGGCUAAUAUCCCCCUGCCUGGAAAAUGGUGCUUCAUGUUCAUCUAAUUAAUACUUGGUAAAUACAAAGCCUCUUGAGUACACGCAGAAGGCAGCUGUGCGGUUGGCCGUAGCUAAGGCUGGGAUUUCAGGUGGCCUCAUUAAUUAAGCAGCAUCAGGCUGGGCUGCAGUGUGCAGGGAGGCCUCCCAACAGCCUGUCUUGGGGAGAUGGGGGCCUGGGCUCCUCCAGUACCAUUGGCCCUCCCUGAGGGGCAGGUGGUGGGAUCCAGGGGUGGCUGUAGGGUGAGACUUCAUGUAAGGCAGCUUUUAGGGUGAAGCUUUGUGUGUAUGGGGUCCUGACAUCUAACAAAUGACUAAUUCUACCUUUGCCAAAUUGUUCUAUAGAAAUACUUCCUAGUCCAGCCGUAGGUAGAUUAGGUUGGAAGGGACCUUAAAGAUCAUCUAGUUCCAAUCUCUGCCAUCACCCCAUGCUUUGACCACUCUAGACCACAUCCCUCAGUGCCAACAUCCCUGGGGCUCUUGGGCAUCCCUAGGGAUGGUGACUCCCCCAGCUCCUUAUGUGCCAGUGCCUCACUGCACUGUCCAAGAAGAAAUUUUUCCCAAUAUUGAACCUGAAAUGAGGAGGGGGAGAGCCCUGGGAGUCACGCUGCAGGGAGGGGGGGGGAUUUACCAUGGAUGAGAGGAUCCAUCUGGUUUUGGGGUGCUUUCAGCCCAACCGCCUUUAUUGCUGAUGAGUUUCCAAAGGCACAAUGGCGCCAGGGGGGAAAUAAAGCUUGCUACGAUCCUGGAAAUGGGGUUGUUGUGUUUGCUGUUCUGGUGCUGGGGGUUAGCAAGGAACCCAGCAGGACUUGAAUGGGGUCUGUUUCAGGAUGGGCAGGUGCCAAAAAAACCUGUGCUUUGCCCUCAAGUUACGUGAACUCCAUCAGACAUUUCUCUUUACCAAAAAUCUGCCUUUGAACGAAGGGCUUUCUGGUUUUUCCUAUGGUCUUCGCUGCAAGGAUGUGUUGCUCUUGGCCACAUCAUAUUGCAUCUGUCGGGAGUGAAGCUUUAAAGGGAGAAGAAAGGAAAAGCAAUGGGGCCAGACCAAACCCCCAAACUCACUCCCCAGAGCUUCAGCUCCUCACACUCCAUUGCAUCCUAUGGACACCAGGGUUGCAUCCCUGCCCUGUGCUGAGCGUCCCUGCAUUCUUCCCAUCAUUAAUUAAUCACAUCCAUCAGCUGAGAGCUCUGGAUGUGAAUUAUCUUUUUCCACCCCUGUAGCCAUGGCAACGCAUCCCGCUGGACAGCGGUGCCAAAAGCCCCGGGAUGCUGUGUGCUGGGCCAUGGGAAUUGACCCUGCACAGUCUGGGGGGUGUAAAGAGGGGGGAGGGGGCAGAAAUUCUCCUCCUGGGGGGAGGGGGGAGAGGGCAGAUGGCCCAGGAUCAGGGCAGGUGACAUGGGCAGGGGGUGACGAUGCCUGGAGGGAUGCAGUGACAGAAGGGAGGGACAGAGUGAUGGGAGGACAGGGGUAUAUGGCAGGGGUCAGGGUAGUGGGAAGAGAUGGGUGGCAGAGGGCAGGGGUAAGUGAGGUGGGGUGGGACAGAGCACACUGAAUAGGAGCAUGUGACAUGGGACGGGGGUAGGGGACACAGGACAGGGGUGGGAGACAGAGGACAAAAGUAGACAUCAAAACAAGGAGAGAUGACACAGGCAGUCACUGAGAAGGGAGAGGUGUCGCGGGGCAGGGGAAGGUGAUGGGGUAGGGAUGGGUAUCAGGACGGGGGUAGGCGGCAUUAAGCAGGUGACAUAGGGCAAGGGAAAGCGACUUGGGCAGGUGGCACUGGGUAAGGGUAAUUAACACAGGGCAGGGGGCACACGGGGCAGGGCUGGGUGACACUGGGCAGGGGCAGGUGGCACAGGAGCCGGGCAAUGACGCGGCGCAUCCCUCCCCGCCCGGUGCGCUGCGGUGCGCUGCGGUGCCGCGCUCCCCCUGGCGGCCGCGGGUCGGCCGGGUAUAAAAGCGGGGGGCGGCGGCGGGCGGCGGGCAGCGGCGGGGAGAUGGCGGGGCAGCGAGCCCCGCACCUGCACCUGGCGGAGCUCAGCGCCUCGCAGUUCCUCGACGUGUGGCGGCACUUCGACGCCGACGGGAAUGGCUACAUUGAAGGCAAAGAGCUGGAAAACUUCUUCCAAGAGCUGGAAAGUGCCAGGAAGGGCACUGGGGUGGACUCCAAGAGGGACAGCCUGGGCGACAAGAUGAAGGAGUUCAUGCACAAAUAUGACAAAAAUGCAGACGGCAAAAUCGAGAUGGCAGAGCUGGCCCAGAUCCUGCCCACGGAGGAGAACUUCCUGCUGUGUUUCCGCCAGCAUGUGGGCUCCAGCUCAGAGUUCAUGGAGGCAUGGAGGAGGUAUGACACGGAUCGCAGUGGCUACAUCGAAGCCAACGAGCUGAAGGGCUUCUUGUCGGACCUGCUGAAGAAGGCGAACCGGCCAUACGAUGAGGCCAAGCUGCAGGAGUACACGCAGACCAUCCUGCGGAUGUUUGAUAUGAACGGGGACGGGAAACUGGGCCUCUCCGAGAUGUCCCGACUGCUGCCUGUGCAAGAAAAUUUCCUUCUUAAGUUUCAGGGGAUGAAGCUGUCCUCGGAGGAGUUCAACGCGAUUUUUGCUUUUUAUGAUAAGGACGGCAGCGGCUUCAUCGACGAGCACGAGCUGGAUGCCUUGCUGAAAGACCUCUACGAGAAGAACAAGAAAGAGAUGAGCAUCCAGCAGCUCACCAACUACCGCCGGAGCAUCAUGAACCUGUCGGACGGCGGCAAGCUGUACCGCAAGGAGCUGGAGGUGGUGCUGUGCAGCGAACCCCCCCUGUAGGCUUCCCCCAUCCCCGGCCCCAUGGCGCGGUUUUCCCAUUAAAAUCCCCGCUUUGGGUGUGAUUUUUUUUUUUUUUUUUU